AUGAAUAUUAAGGCCCUUUACUUUCAAAAUGAAAUGAAUGUUGAGAGUUAUAUUAACUAUCCUAAAGAAAAUAUAACAGAUGAACCAAUUGAUGAUCAAGAGAUAGUAAAUCUUAUAAGGCAUUUAGAUGAUCUCACUACUGCUAAAGAACUGGAUGAUAGUGUUGAAAUAUGCCAAUUUACAUAUCAAGAAGCAUUUGAUGCAUUAAACAAAUCAUUUUUUGCUUUAAAUUCUGCUAAAAAUAAUAUCAAAGUUAAAUAUAAUUAUUUAACCAAUUAUGACAUGUUUAAAGUUGAUAAAGAUACUGAAAUCAAAGAUCUUGAAUUGGAAAAAUAA